AUGACCUCGUCUGCAGUGCGUGCAAGAGUCCAUGCCUUUGAGGCAAUGCAGACCUCCAAUGGCUCCGUCGCCGUUUCGACCUCGCCCCCAGACCUCCUCGAGUCUCCAAUAUCCCCGACGGCCACAACAUACACUCCCAUCCUCCCCUCGACAUCGCCCGCUUCUUUGCACGUACUUCCCCCAUCGCCCUCCCCGUCGCCCCCAAUUCUCGGCCGCAAAACGUCCCUGAUUGACCUCAAAGACUGGGUCGUUGAUGAUGAACCACCAGUCGCGCGAAAGCCACCCCCGCCGCUGGGCCCGAAACCUCCCCAACGACAUGUUUCCGAUUCCGUUGCCAGGAAACACUCCACACCACUCAUUUCUCUCGAUUCUCCACCGAAGACCCGUGUCGCUGCUGCACCCCCAUUGCCCCCACGCAAAGCGUCAUAUUCCUCCCUCAGAUCCGCCUCUGCAUCUAAUGCCUCCUCUACCUCUCUUUCCCGGAGCCCCAAACCUCCUCCUCCGCCUCUUCCCGUUGCCGCGAGAUCAUCCUCCGACUCGCUCACUGUCGACCACACCUAUCCUCCCCUCAACAAACUCGGCAUCAAUAUCCCAUCGCGUCACGUCCCUGCAUCAUCCAUUUCCUCUUUCCAUUCCGUCUCUCUAUCCUCUGACGGUGGCACGGACCUUCAAACUCCGGGCACGAAUAGCACCUUUUCCCCGCAUAUAGCCACGUUCCCGGUGGACCACGACGAACACGACCUUGACCAUGCAAGCGUUGAUCAUGAUACCGUCAGCCUAUCGGAGUCUUUCGAAAAUCUGUCGAUGACGUCGGCCAUAAGCCCAACUGCGUCCUCCGUCUCGCACGAGUGGGAAAUCUAUGCUAACAUCAAGCGGGAGCCUCCCAAGCUGCCGCAGCGUCCCUCCAAACUCCCAGCUUCCGCCCCGACUUCACCGCGCCACUCGCCACUCCUCGCACCGAAGCGCGAUGGCCCUCCUCCUCCUCGCUCCCGCCCUCCAUCUGAGCGCAGUUCCCUUGCCUCGACCUCUGCUCCAUCCGCUUCCAACUCGGAUCGUUCGUCUAUCCGUAGCAUCGCGACAUCUCGCACGAGCAUUAGCACUAGGAGCACUACCACCCCGAAGCCCCGUUUGGCACAGCUCAUGCGUCCAACACCAGUGCCAGCUCUUGCGCGCAGGCGCUAUGAGUCGGUCUUCAAUGGGAACGUGGUCGCUGCACGGCAGGCCAUCUUCACGAAAUCGCCUCCGCCUAACCGGAAGCCCCGCCAGGCCGCCGGCUGGCGCGGACUGUCGGUCGACCUGAUCACAAAUCCAGAAAUAUCCUCGAGCGCAGCCCCACGCACAGCAGGCACGCUUACGGAGACUGUUCAGGAAGAAGUGGGUUCGGAGGAGAGGUUGGAUGGCGCGAUAGUCAAGGCAGUUUGGAAGUUGUCCAGGUUGGACAACGCAACGCUACGGAUGAUAUGGAUUGAGUGCGACCCUAUGGCCAUCGGUUCGCUUGACCGUGACGGAUUCGUCAAGGGGAUGUGGCGGAUAGACGAGGAGCUACGAAAAGCCCAGGUACCAAAGCAUACCGCGCCUCGACUCCGCGUCGUUCAGCCAAAGCCUGUUCAGCCGUCGAGACCAAUAUUACGAUGA